CCCUUUCUUCGAUUCAAUUCAGAGUUCUCACGGAACAGAAUAGACCAACCCACAGUUCAUCUAUCUCUUUCUCUUUAUUAUCGUUAUUAUAACAAUUCACUAAACUAAAUCUGCACCUCUUCCAUCAUUCACCUUCAUCUUCAUCACUCGUUUGAUGAUUUUUGAACACCGUUUGCUGUGAAGUGAAAAAUGCGACGACGGGCUGCCGAUUAUCGGCGCCCGGUUAGACGGAGGUUAUCGUAUUGGAUCUGCCUUCUUCUCGCUUUCUCCUUCAUUCUCGCUACCGUUUUGUUCGUCAUUCAACAUAAUCAUCAUCAAGAUCCGCUUCAAUAUUCUUUGCUCGAGAGAAAUGCAAGAGUUGAACAUUUUGCCAAAGAGAGUUUGAAUUUUACUGAAGAGAUUUUAAGUGUAACAUCAUUUUCUCGGCAGUUAGCGCAACAAAUGAUUCUGGCUAAGGCUUAUGUGGUUAUUGCCAAAGAACACAAUAAUCUUCACCUUGCCUGGCAGCUUAGCUCAAAGAUCAGAAAAUGCCAACUUUUGCUUUCAAAAGCUGCCAUGACUGGGGAGCCUGUCACACUGGAAGAAGCAGAGCCGAUUAUUAAAAGUCUUACUGCUCUAAUUUUUAAGGCACAAGAUAUCCAUUAUGACAUUGCAACUACAAUAGUGACUAUGAAAUCUCAUAUUCAAGCUCUUGAAGAGCGUGCCAAUGCAGCAACAGUUCAAAGCGCUGUGUUUGGUCAACUUGCAGCUGAAGCACUACCCAAGAAUCUACAUUGCCUGAAUGUGAAACUCGUGACUGAUUGGCUCAAGGUGCCAGCCCUACAGAAACUUGCAAAUGAGAGGAAAAACUCCCCGAGGCUCACGGACAACAAUCUAUAUCAUUUCUGCUUAUUUUCAGAUAAUGUACUGGCAACAUCUGUAGUUAUUAAUUCAACCGUCUACAAUGCUGAUCAUCCGAAGCAAUUGGUCUUUCACAUUGUCACCAAUGGAAUCAAUUACGGAGCAAUGCAAGCAUGGUUCCUUAGUAGUGACUUCAAAGGAGCCACUGUAGAGGUACAGAAUAUUGAGGAGUUCCGGUGGUUGAAUGCAUCAUAUUCUCCAGUUGUCAAACAGCUCCAAAAUCCUGACUCGCGAACCUUCUACUUUGGGCUAUAUCAAGAUGUAAACGCUGAACCAAAAAUUCGGAAUCCCAAGUAUUUAUAUUUAUUGAAUCAUCUUCGGUUUUAUAUCCCCGAGAUUUAUCCACAACUUGAGAAGGUUGUUUUUCUGGAUGAUGAUCUUGUUGUCCAGAAAGAUCUGACCCCUCUUUUCUCACUGGAUUUGCAUGGGAAUGUAAAUGGUGCAGUUGAAACUUGUCUUGAAGCAUUUCAUCGGUACUACAAGUAUCUCAACUUCUCAAGUUCCAUUAUAAGCUCGAGAUUUGAUCCACAGGCAUGCGCGUGGGCAUUUGGUAUGAACGUUUUUGACUUGGUGGCUUGGAGGAAGAAUAACGUGACUGCAAGAUAUCAUUAUUGGCAGGAGCAGAAUGCCGAUAGGACACUCUGGAAGUUGGGCACACUUCCUCCCGCUCUUCUGAGUUUUUAUGGUUUGACAGAGCCACUUGACAGAAGAUGGCAUGUUUUAGGUUUGGGUUAUGACCUAAAUAUUGACAACCGCCUUAUUGAAAGUGCUGCAGUUAUUCACUUCAAUGGGAACAUGAAGCCAUGGCUGAAGGUAGCUAUAGGCAGGUAUAAGCCACUGUGGGACAAGUACAUAAAUCAAAGUCUCCCUCAUCUUCAAAAUUGUGUACUGAGUUGAAAUGCACUACUAAAUUUCUGAUGGAUUAUGCAAUCUCAGAUUAUUUUAAACUCUUGAUCUGUGGUGGUUGCCUUACUGCAGAGUAAGAAGCAGAAAAUUUUGACUGUGGUAGGAAUUUUUUUCCUUUACCCUUCUUUUUUCUUUUCUUGCUUUUCUUUUAAACCAGAAUUGAAAGAGAACGAAAUGAUUUCUUUAUACAAUAGAAAAAAUUGAUCUGCAUUAGGCGAGAGAUGUGGGAAAAUCCAUUUUUGGCUGGUGGGGCUAUCUUUCCCCCUUCUGCAAGUAGUAGAAUGAUUGUUCUUUAGAAAAACUUGUAAUAAUUUAUCAGCUCUUUCAAAUAGCAAUGUAAUCGAAUGGAAACAGUUUUUUUUUCC